UUUUUAAGAUGGUCAUUCACAACAACAGCAUCGCAGCGUACAUACGUAGCAUUGAUCUCAUCUUCACUCUUGGCUCAACUCCUUCAGAAAGUAAAAGUGAAUUAGAAGUGGCAAAAUUAUCUCAUUUUUUCAUAAUGCAAUCUUGUUUUCAAACUCGUAAUUCUUUCACGCUUUCAAUACUCUUGGCGUGCAUUGUAUUUUCACUCUUCCCGAUUCCAACGACGUCCAUGAACAAGAAACCACCUCCAGAAAUUAAAGAAUAUCCCGGAUUUGGGCGAGAGUGUAGUCAAAGUUCCGACUGUAAAUUUUCUCCCGGCGGGGUAGGAAAUGGGACCAUUUACUUUGCUUGUAAAAAGAGCGAAAAGUUACCACAAUCGUACUGCUUUUGUGGCACGGGUUCACCACCUGACGACGAGCUAAUGUUUCCUCUCGAAUGGGAUCGAGAUGCUGAGCGAUGUCUGGUGGGGAAAGGUGCCCCCUGUGGAACGGAUGAGGGGCUCAGUGUGUCAUGUCGUGGAAAAGGUGAGGAUUGCGUUCAAGGUCGAUGCCGACAACCGGAAGAACUUCACACCGUCGACGUCUCAAAGUUUUGCAAUGAUGACUUUGAUUGUAAGAAUGGCUUAGAAUGCAAAGAAAGCGUCACCCCGGCGGUGGUUCGGAUUAAGAGGUGUUAUCAUAUUCAGAAAAAGUAAGGAGACUCAGUUUCAUUUUUUGGUAAAAGGGUGCAAGUUUUUUUUAUUAUUCAGAAAUUUAUGCUAAAUAAAUUACAGUUUUUACUCAAAUUAUUACAUAA